AGUAUUUAUGUAUGUAUGGCACCAGCAAGCAAUACUAUGGUGGUAGUAGAUUAGCCUGCCGUUGCCGCGUGCUGGACGGCCUGAUGACGCUUGAGAGCGGUUUGGGGGACCGGUUCAUUCGAAUAUUAAGCGCCGCGGCGUAUGCGCAAGGGGAUAUUUGGUAUUAGGGGUGGUUGCAUUUUGGGAUUGUGGGCUGCAGGUUACGCUUCCCAGGUUAGAAAUGCUAUUUAUUUACCUACCUACAUACGCACUAGGUAUCUAGCUGCAUAUUUAUAUAUUGCACGUACGACUGAAUGCAGUGAGACCCGGAUCUUGUGGCUGGGAUUGCUUAUUUUGAACUCGUCCGAGCAAGGGAAGAGAUUGUCUGCAAUUGUGAAUAUUUAGUAGGCGCUAGGUCAGGACGAGCAAUUCCUGAAAUACUUUAUUAUGAUCAUGACAGCUUAAGGAAGGGAGGGGCGCCAUGUGGUUAGAUUCCAGGCUGAUAU